AUGUCGGAUAAUGAGCUGUUAUUGGAAUGGCCAGAAUUAAAGCGAGUUAUAGCGGAGGGCCGAUGCGAACUUAGUCUGACUUCUAUAUCAGCUGGAGACCGAAAUCCAGACAUCAACGAUGAACAGUUGCAAGGCGAAAUUUUUGCUUCAAAUACUCCACUCAACUACAUUGAACUUACUCGACUUGAGCUGAGCAUAUUGCACAUCUGUUUGAAGAAAGCAUCGAAACUGAAGAAGCUUAUAUUACAUAGUAAUGCUUUAGUAAAUAUUCCGGAGGAUAUUGGUGACUUAAAAGAAUUGCAAUUUCUCGAUUUAUCAACAAACAAACUUGAUCGGCUUCCAGCGGCAAUUGGUUCUUUGUCUCAUCUCUCAACGCUCUUACUUGCGCAUAACAAAAUUUCGUUGCUGCCCGAUAUGACAGGUCUUGUUUCCCUACAGCACCUCGAUGUGUCCCACAAUCAGUUAACCGAGUUUCCAACUUCGUUCCCCAAUCAGUCAAAGUUGCACACUUUGAUCCUUAAUUCGAAUUAUAUCAGGGAAUUGCCUGUCGAAGUGAAUUCACUUAACGACAAUUUGAAGACCGUGAAUUUGUCGGAUAACGAAAUCGUCGAUCUUCCAUUCUUAUUUUGCAACUGCAAAAAGAUAAAAACACUAGAACUCGCUAACAAUAAAUUUUCGGAUAAUCGCUUUAAAAAAUUAAUCGAGGAUCCAAGACACAAGACCUGGACUCUAAUAGAUUAUUUGAAAAAGAAAGCACCAAAACCAUCGAUAAAGAACAAUGAUGGAAAAGAACCAAAACCAAAUUCGGUUAAAAGUAACAUUGACAAAGAUGAGUAUGUAUCAAAUGUUCCAGUAAUUACAGUCACUUAUAGAAUGAAUAGUGAAUUAGUUGAAAGAAAGAAAGAAGCACUGGAAAUUCGUCCAUUUAUUGCCUGUUGUAUUUUGAAAGACUGCUCAUUAAAUGCGGAAAAAGUGAAACAGUUAUUGAAGAUUCAGAAUAAGUUGCAUUCAUCUGUUUGUGAAGAAAGAACUAUUGCAAGCAUUGGAACGCACGACUUCCGCAAGCUUCAACCUCCUCUGAUUUAUGGAGCUGCUCAUCCUGAUGCAUUAAUGAUAACACCAUUACAUCGACAAAAAAAAAUUUCUGGGAGAGAACUGUUGUUAAACUUGGCAAAUGAAGCGGAACUAAUUCGAAAAAAUGAAAGGCGAAAUGUAGUAUCAAAUACUUAUAAGUACAUGCAUCUUAUUCAAAAGCUACCGCUUUAUCCAUUUUUGAUGGAUGCAAAUGGCUUGAUUCUCAGUGUGCCGCCCGUAACGAAUUGCGAAGAGACAAAGCUUGAUGUGGAUACAAAAGAUAUAUUGGUAGAAAUAACAAGUACUAUAACAGAAGAUACUUGCGUAAGAAUAAUGGAUAAAUUCAUCGAAGAAGCUGUUAUGCAAGGAUGCCUGACAGAUUUAGUUAUUGAACAAGUUAAGAUCAAACAACAUAGCGGUGCACUGUUAGUAGCUUAUCCCAGUAAGAGAGAUCUUCGAAUAUCGAAAUGUGCUAUCAGACGGGGAUUGGUCACGGGUGAAAGUAAUACAUAUGAAAUAUCAAAAUUAGAAGGUCUUUCGGUUGUUGAAAUGUGA